AUGUUGUUCUUUAAUUUCUUUACCUUAAUAAUUCUUAUGGUUCAGGACAUUGCCUUGUCUGCAGAUGCACCCCAAGUAAGUGAUUCACCUCCCAAUACUGAUUAUAUUGCCUAUUUUCAUCCUAAAGAGAUCAAUGGACAUUACGACGUGCGUGGUUUUAUUUCAUUUGAGACUUCAGAGAAAGGUUUUGUUAAAGUCCAUCUUGACGUAGAUGGCUUACCCACUACUGGUGGACCCUUUCCAUACCACGUUCAUCAAUACCCUGUUCCCCCUGAUGGAAACUGUACUGGAACUGGUGGCCACUUAGAUCCUUAUAAGGGCGCAGCUACUGACCCAGGUGAUCCUGCAGGAUUACAAGUGGGUGAUUUAGCAGGAAGACAUGGUUCCAUUCCAGUUGGAGUCUAUCAAUAUGAAACUUAUUAUGUUGAUCAUUAUAUUUCUUUGAAUCCUUCGGAUCCAGCUUAUAUUGGUGGCUUAAGUGUGGUCAUUCAUUUGAAUGAUUUGACCAGAAUAGCUUGUGCCAAUAUCACAAUUUCAAGUCUGGGAUGUUGGUGA